GACACAGUAUAGAUUGUCGAACCCGAUGGAGUUGUUUUAUAAUCGGGUUCGUCAUUACAAAAAUGGGUCCCUGAAAAAGAAGAGGAGUUGGGGAAUGAGUCUGAGAUUGAGUAUGACUAUAGUUAUUUAUUGUACCGUUACAGUAAACGAAAUCGUCCGCACUUUCUUGCCCAGUAGUAUGUAGCACUGAAGAUAACAAUUAGUAUUUUUCCAUCAUCAUGAAUUUUUUUGGAAACCAAGGAAUAAGAAAUGAUGGAAGGAGCUCAGGAAACAAUGUAUCGCCUCUUGCAAACCCUGGAAUGAUGCAACAGAGCAACAUGUUGGUACAGGGGAGAUCACCCUCCAACUUGCAGCAAAUGGUGGGCCUCCAAAUGUCUGUGGGACCAAAUAUGCAACUUUUUAAUGCAGGGUCUGCGAUGUGGAAUGCAAGAUCGCCAGGUGCUUUGCAGGGUCUUAGACAAGGAAUGGCUAAUCAAGCAAUGGCAAACCUUCAAAUGAUGCAACAGGGACCCAGUCCAAUGCUAUCCGCUGCUGGAGUUAAUAUGACAGCAGCCAAUCAAAUGCUACCAGGUGCUGGUGGCAUUAUGGCAGGAGCCAAUCAGAUUCUUCAGAGGGGAAUGUCGCCCAUAAUUCCUGGGCUUAAUAUACAGCUGCCACCCCCAGGUUCAGGGCUUGGUAUUCUGGACACGCCUAACCUUCGACCACCUGGAAUGAUGCCAAAUAUAGCACAGAACAUGAUAGGACUCCAGACAGGCAUGUUUCAGCAGGGAAUCUCACCUGUUGGUCAGAAUCAGACUGGUCUCCUCUCUUCUGGGGUCAGUCAGGGCAGUAGAAAGGAAGAUAGAGACCGAGGUGGCCGGGAAAAAGACAGGUCUGAUGUGGAGGACAGGAGAGACAGACGGGAUCGAGGGCGGUCCAGUCGAGGGGACAGGUCCAGAGAUGAUAGCAGAGCAAGAGAAAGAAGAGAUGACUCCAAGAGUUCAAGAAGUCGCAGAGAUGAAAGGUCAAGUGACAGGAAGUGGGAUAGAGGUGGUCGAGAGGGAAGACAUAGGGAGAGGGACAGAAGCACAGACUCAGCGAGGGAUGACAGGCGAUACAGACAAGACAAAAACAGAAACAGACCCAGCAGGAGAUCCAGUCCAAAGCGAUCCCGGAGUCCAGUGAGAAGGGACAGGGGUCAACAACCUGAUAGCCGGUCCGGGUAUGAUGUGCUGAACGGACAGGAUGAGAUAGAACUCCCAGAGGAGAUUAUUCCCGCAUGGCUCCGGUGUUCUCCAGCUGAUCUCUACUUCAGGAGGAACAAUGAGACAGGAUGCUUCAAUGCCACAAAGAGGAUGCAGGACUUGUUGGAGAAGUUUGAGACAGAUUUAGUUCAAAGGUCAGCUCGAGUGAACGCAUCCUUUCCUCCAGUAGACAUCCCUCAGUACCCAGUGACAGGGAAUCCCCACCACCACCACCACUCAGGUUCUGAGAGCAGCAGUUCCAGCAGCUCAGAGUCUGAGUCAGAAUCCGAAGAAAUUAAGCGAGAGGAAGAAUGGCUGGAGACUCUGAACAAGCGCAAAAAACAUCCGUACAGACUCCAUGAGGACCUAUGGUACAAUGACAAAGGGGAGUUGAAUGAUGGUCCUCUUUGUAAAUGCAGUCUGAAGUCUCAGAAGUCUGGGAUCCGACACAGCAAGUAUCCAGGGGAAAAGGCUGUUCCUCUUUGUGAUCCACACAGCAAUAACAAUGACAAGCUUUUCCACUACAGAAUCACCAUGUCUCCUCCAACCAAUUUCCUGACGAAGGCCCCUACAAUCAUAGAACACGACAACCAUGAGUACAUAUUUGAGGGGUUUUCUAUGUUAUCUCAUGAAAAGCUGGAGAAUAUACCAGUCUGCAGAGUUAUCCGAUUCAACAUUGACUACACAAUUCAUUUUAUUGAAGAACCCAUUCCAGAUAAUUUUACCGUGAAGAGCUUAGACCUGUUUCAGCAGUUCCUGUUUGAUGAGAUCCUGGAGCUGGUAGACCUGGACUGGAAAGGUCCGGGCAACAAGGACCACUGUAACAGAUUCCACCUCAUGCCAAGAUUUGCUAGACUUCUACCAGAAAAUGGUAAGGAGAUCCUGUCAAUGAAUGAUGUGCUGAGUUACUUACUGAAGAGCUCCAAGCCAUUACUGGAGGAAACGGAAUUGGCCCAGAUUCUGAAUUAUGACGUACACGAGUGGCAGGGCUUUGUGGAUGCUGUCCGUGGAAGUGUCGUAACCUAUCCUGGCAUGAAACCUACCAGUAUUAGAAUAGACCAGCUGGAUCGACAACAGACUGAUAAUCAACAUCUCCAGUUUCCUCUCAUCAUUCACUUCGGCAUUAGACCCGCACAGCUGAGCUACGCGGGAGACCCUAACUACCAGAGAACCUGGAAACAGUAUGUCAAGUUCAAGCACCUGCUGAACAGCAAACCCAAGGUGACUUUUACCGAUAAGCAGAAGCUGGAUGCUAAAGAGAAGUAUCUACAGGACCUAAGAAUGAAGAGUUCUAUGAAAAGGGAGGUAACUGUGGAAAUUAGCAGUGAAGGGUUUCUGAGGACGGGGAUCAGAUCAGACAUAACACAGCAUGCAAUGUUGAUGCCUGUCCUGUUGGGUCACUUAAGAUUUCAUCUCUGCAUACAAGUACUCCAGAGGGAAAUCGGGUAUCAGUUCAACGACCCACAACUCCUUCAGUUGGCUCUCACUCACACUUCCUACAAAGUGAAUUAUGGGACCAACCCAGACCACGCCAGGAAUUCCCUGUCUAACUGUGGAGUCAGACAGCUGGAGUAUGGAGACCGCAAAAUACACUAUGUCCAUACUCGAAAGAAAGGUAUCAACAUCCUGAUUAACAUUAUGUCCCGCCUUGGGAAACAGGACGAGUGUUCAUCAGAAAUCCCACACAACGAGAGACUGGAAUUUCUUGGGGAUGCUGUGGUAGAAUUUAUAACAAGUGUCCAUCUUUUCUACAUGUUUCCCUAUCUGGAGGAAGGAGGGCUGACCACUUACAGAGCAGCCAUAGUUCAGAAUCAACAGCUGGCCGUACUAGCCAAGAAGCUGCGUCUGGAGAACUACAUGCUGUAUGCCCACGGUCCUGAUCUCUGUCACGAAUCCGACCUGAAACAUGCCAUGGCAAACUGUUUUGAAGCAUUAUUAGGGGCUUUAUACCUGGAUGGGGGUAUAGAACUGGCAGACCGAGUGUUUGGGGAGACCCUGUUUAAGGGCGAGGACAAGUAUCUGAACAUCUGGAGAGACCUGCCUUUACACGUUCUACAGGAGGAUGAACCCGAGUCUGACCGACACUGGAUCGAGUCCAGUCCUACACUGAAGAAAUUGGUUCAGUUUGAAGAAUCCAUCGGAGUGAAGUUUGACCACAUUCGCUUGCUAGCCCGGGCCUUCACCCUUAGAAGUGUGGGCUUUAAUCACCUCACAUUGGGCCACAACCAGAGACUUGAGUUCCUAGGGGACACUGUGUUACAGCUGGUGGCCUCAGACUACCUGUUUAGACAUUUCCCAGACCAUCAUGAAGGCCAUCUCUCAUUGUUGAGAAGUUCCCUUGUCAACAAUAGAACCCAGUCCAUUGUUUGUGAUGAUCUGGGGAUCUCUGAGUACGUCAUUUUCUCAGACUCUCGGGGAGAAAAACAGGACAAGAAGACAAAAGAAAAGGCUGACCUUCUCGAAGCGUUUAUUGGUGCCCUGUAUGUGGAUAAAGAUGUCGAGGUUUGCUACAAAUUCUGUGAUGUGUGCUUUUUCCCAAGAUUAAGGGAUUUCAUUAUGAAUCAAGACUGGAAUGAUCCUAAGUCGCAGCUUCAGCAGUGUUGUCUGACAUUACGAGAACUUGACGGAGGGGAACCAGAUAUUCCCGUUUACAAGUGUAUUGAGUCUAUCGGGCCCACCAACACACGUCGGUACACGGUAGCCGUUUACUUCAGACAUGAAAGACUUUCCACAGGAAUAGGUCACAGCAUACAACAGGCAGAGAUGGCUGCUGCUACUAAUGCUCUGAUGGAAAGAUCGGAAUUGUUUCCAAUCCUGGCCCAUCAAAAGAGGUUCUUAGAAAGAAAACACAAGAAAAAGCAGUCGGGUAAGAGGACCGGACGUGAUCAGGACCUGCAGGAAAAUAAUGAGCGAGUCAAUAAGGACCAAGAAAUCAAGGAAGGGUCAGGGGGAGUCACCCCAGCUAGUGAGAAGGAUGCCGUCCCACUCAGAGUUACCUCCCUUCUUGAUUCCUUCAAGGAGAGGAAGAAAAAGUGAACUCCGUCAUCAUGAUUGUUUGGUGUAGUUCCGAUUAAAUGUUUUGUCACUGCCAUAAUUUUGUGAUACUGUGUUCCAGGAUUUAUUGCUGAUAUCAUGUUUCUAACCUCUUUUUGUUUGGGGCAGGAAGGGGGGGGGGGGUUCAGAUUUAAAUAACUUCACAAAGAUGAAUGUGUGUGGUUGACGUGUACUUUUCUGUGAUGCACUGUCAGUGUACCCUGUUUUAUUUAUGGAAGAAUAUUGAUAAAUUUGUUCUAGACGUCAAAAUUUAUUCCAGUAUUAAUUUUAUUUGUACCAAUAAAUGGAGAUAGAUUUCUCAUAUGUGCAAUGGAGGAAUAUACAAUUUCGUUUGUCAGUGUGAGUUUUAGAAACAAAAUAUAUUGUGUCCUUUCUCAGAUUUUAUGCCAUAUAUAUAAGCCAUGAAUGCUGGAUAUUUGAAAUGAAAUUGUGAAGUUAUUCUUUUACAAUCUGAAUAAAAUAAAAUACAGGUUCACUAAA